UAUAUAUAUAUACAUAUAUAUGUAAGGCCUUCCAAUAUUGUUGAUCUCCAAGGCAAAGCUACCAUUUUUAUCGAACUCGAUCUCGAUAUUCGUUUCCUAGCUACCUGCCCUUGAUACCAUGGUCCUGAUCAUCUUCCACAAUACCAGUACCCUGGCUCUCUUUCUUUUCUUCACCGCCAAUCUUUUGCUAUGCUUUGUUCCGUCCAUAUCGGAGCUUCAGCGCGUAGGACACCCCGCCAAAGCCGAUGGGUCUCUAAGCUUUUUGGUCGUGGGAGAUUGGGGUAGAAGAGGACUCUACAACCAAUCACAAGUCGCUCUCCAGAUGGGAGUUGUGGCAGAGAGACUAGACAUAGACUUCGUCAUCUCAACUGGGGAUAACUUUUAUGAGGACGGUUUGAAUGGUGUGCUUGAUCCGGAAUUUAAUGAAUCCUUUAUAAAUAUCUACGACUCCCCCAGCUUGCAGAAACAAUGGUACACCGUUUUGGGCAACCACGAUUAUAGGGGCGAUGUAGAGGCACAAUUGAGUCCCAUCCUCAGAGAAAUGGACCCUAGAUGGCUGUGCAUGAGAUCUUUUAUUGUCAGCACAGAAUUUACUGACUUUUUCCUCGUAGACACAACUCCAUUCGUUGACGAGUAUUUUACCCACCCAAAGAACCACACCUACGAUUGGAAAGGUGUGCUACCACGAGAGGAAUAUCUAUCAAAUCUCUUGAAGGAUUUGGAUUCAGCAUUAAGGGAUUCCAGUGCAAGAUGGAAGAUUGUGGUGGGUCAUCAUACAAUCAAAAGCGCCGGGCAUCAUGGUGUAACCAAAGAGCUUGAAGAGCAUCUUCUCCCAAUCCUGCUGGCAAAUAACGUGGACAUGUACAUGAAUGGCCAUGAUCACUGCCUGGAGCACAUUACUAGCGCCGACAAUUUUUGUGGCAGUCAAACCCAAUUUCUAACCAGUGGAGGGGGUUCAAAGGCAUGGAGAGGUGACAUUAGGAAGUGGAAUCCAGAGGAAUUGAAGCUAUAUUAUGAUGGACAGGGUUUUAUGUCACUGCAAACGACUCCAACCAAUGCGGAUAUUGUGUUUUAUGAUGUCUUCGGCAAUGUUCUGCACAAAUGGAGCAUUUCCAAGGACCUUGAUGCAGCCGUAUAGAGACGAAAAAACAAAAAAAAAACAGAGGCAUACAAAAUAUAGCUUUAAUGUGUGGAACAUCAAGGUCAAAUCCUUGGCGAAAAAAAAA